AUGUUGAUGGAGCAAAAAAAGUACCAUAAACCCAUUCAUUGGAACCAAUUAUGGUGCUUUACGCCAGACCAAGGCGCGUCUGUGUCUUCAUUGCCUUUUACUCCCUCUAGUGUGCCAGACCCGCUCACCGAGUACGCCUUGACACAAGGUCGCUGGUCACGCCUUUCCGGCAUGGGUCCUGCCUCGCUCAGUAUGCUUUGUCAUUUGAGUGAUCCAUCUACGCUUGACCCUGUAGCGACUUUAGCUCCGGGUUUGGACCAUGGCGUUUCUUCUUUGAAUCAAGCGUGGAUCGAUGGCCCAUGGGAACCUCGACUAUCUCUCGCUUUCGGACAUGUCCUGUGGAAAGAUCUGCCUCGCAUGACGCAACCCCUUACAACACCUAUGCAUGUACCGGCUUAUUUCGUUGAGUCCGAGCUGCCCAAUACGGCUGAACAGACGCCUAUCAUACCCGGUUGGUCGGAACUUUUAAUGGACGAGCUCGAAUUCGAACGCAUAUAUUACCGCAGGACAACAUCGUCCGAUCCUUACCCAGUUGAUUUGGUCGUAUCGGUCGCAAUAUAUCCAAACCGAGUCGUUCCAGAAAGAUCUUGGUGGCAAUGCGAGGCACAUGCCCCCAUUCUGUGCCCUUAUGCUCCCUUGGAUGCAUGCCUUACUGUGAAAUAUAAGGCACCUGCCAAUCUCCAAGGCACAAGUCUCUCUUCCAUUUUGUCUCCAAUGAAUUAUUCUGAUAAGUUUUCUAAUAUCGAAGAAUUCUGUACCGCUUUUCCGACUGAAACAACGCUCAACACGAAUCCAAAUGAUGAAUGGCGCAUUUGGCGACGGGAACGUGUCGUCCAACGCUCGUCGACAUACUUUCAUGCUGAUCAUACGAGCGAGCUUGUUCUCGUACGCGAAGCUGUGCGCAGAAAUUCCAUGUCGCACUUCCAACACAUUACACGACUGGAAUCUUCCAACUGGUCGAGUGAUUACAUCGGCGUUCUCUCCUCUUUGCUCCGCACGUCAUACCCAUCAUUAGGUAGAAGUGAUACUUAA